AUCGGUCCAUCUCUUUCCCAAGCGCACAAGUGUGAGCGAGAGCGAUGGAUGUGAAACACCGCACCAGCACUGCCGGCGGUACCCGUCGCCUGUGCCGAACGCCGACAAUCAACCCAACGACGACUAGACUCAAAAGCGCUUCCGUGAAAAUUCUGCACACGCCGUCUAAUGCGAGUGUCCGCUAGAGUGUGCUGCACGGGAAACGGUUGCAAUCAAAGCGAGUGGAGCAGUCGUAGCAGUCGAGUCGCAGUUUUUGGUGUGGUGUUGGAAAAGCAGUAGUUUUCACAAAGUGUGGUCGGUUUCCCAGUUCUGGAGGAAAAGAAGUUAAUUUGGCUGAAGGCAGCAGUGCAAGAGGAGAGAGGAGCGUGAAGAAGAGUGUGCGAAAGCGAGAGAGAGAGAGUAAGAGAAGAGAAGAAGUGUUGAUUGCGCGUGAGAGCGAGAGAGAGAAAGCGAAUUUUCCCAUCUUCUAAACUACAUUACCAACAACAACCGGAUUCAAGAUGAUGUCCACCAACACUUGCUUCAAGUGCGACCGUCCCGGCCACUAUGCCCGUGACUGCCAGAAUGUCGGAGGCGGCGGUGGCCGUGGAGUCGGUGGACCGCGUGACCGCCGGGACUUUGGCCGUCGCGAGAAGUGUUACAAGUGUAACCAGAUGGGUCACUUCGCCCGUGACUGCAAGGAGGACCUGGACCGGUGCUACCGUUGCAAUGGCAGCGGCCAUAUCGCGCGCGACUGCAGUCUGUCCCCGGACGACUCGUGCUGCUACAACUGCAACCAGAGCGGCCAUCUGGCCCGCAACUGUCCGGAGAAGAGCGACCGCGACAUGAACGUGUCGUGCUACAACUGCAACAAGAGCGGCCACAUCUCGCGCAACUGCCCGUCGGGCGACAAGUCUUGCUAUAGCUGCGGCAAGAUCGGCCACUUGAGUCGUGACUGCACAGAGAACAAGGGUCGGGAUUAGAAGUCGGGUUACUCGUCGUGGUGUGGCAGUAACAACAACACUGCGGCGUAUUUCCGCUUGCCACAUCAGUCCUCCUCCUCCUCCUCUACAACGG